UAUCGUCGGCGGCGGCUCUAAUCAGCCAGCGACCACCGCGCCACCGCCACCGCGGUUCUACCACUGAUUAGAACACGACUGCAACGCAGUCCGUAGUAGUAGCACUAUUACCGCAGCACCGCAGGCACCGUCGAGUAGACGACCGUAGUUCAAGUCUGUGCUCGGUGCAGUCUCCGAGUCCGUACCGCAGUCAGAGUAAUCGGCCCGGUUGGUACCUGCUUACCGCGGCGAAAACGCGCGUACGACACAACUGGUGGCUCGGGGCACAUGGUGUUUGAUAACGUUGCCAGCAGAGUUCCGCGACGACAGUGUUCUUCGGUCGGUUAGUUUUCUCGUUAAAUUUUUUUACGUUUUACCUACCCCUCGUCGGUCGAUCGCCGAGGAAUGCCUCCGGGAGUCUCGAAAACCGUUCGUUCGUAGUGUGAGUUCGGUCGCCGUGACCCCCCGAGUGACGACGGUAAUAUCGUCGUCGUCGUCGUCUUCGUUGUUGUUUGUGUUGUUAUUAUCAGGUAUCAUUGGUGACUGCUUUAUCCGACUACUUGUACCGCCGUGCGCCGACCGACGAUCUGCUCAAAUGGCGAGAUCGGACGACCCGUACAAAGAAGGAUAUCUCUACUUUCCGCCUCACGGAGUAUUAUCGCAGCUAAAGAAAUCCUGGCAGAAACGUUAUUGUAGAUUAUUCAAAUGGAGUAAACACGGUAUAGAUCGUCUUGAAGUAUUUGAUGGUAUUGAAGACCAGAAAUCUUCAAAUAUUGCCUCUAUAAUACCCUUGGAAAGCUGUGUGAAAAUCACACAAGACGCUCAAAAACAUCAACCUAAUGUGUUCGCGGUUUGGACGAAAACCAGUGUUCAUCAUUUUGCUGCAAAUUCUGAACAAGAGAUGACUGACUGGAUAUGUGCUUUGCAAGCUGUAGCAUUCGGGGAUAAUGUUUCGAGACAAACAAUUGAAGAAGACAAUGAUUUAUAUUGUUCAUCUGGAGAUGCUGGUGUUUUUAGUGUUAAAUUAAUAUCAUCUGAUGCCAGUGAACGUUGCGGUUUAAAAGAACAACCUUAUACAUUAGUCAUUACUCCUGUCGCCUUACAAUUACGAGAGUCUGAUGAAAAUGAUACACUACUUCUAACAUGGCCAUAUAGAUUUAUUCGAAGAUAUGGUUAUAGAGCUGGUAGAUUUACGUUUGAAGCUGGUCGAAAAUGUGCUAGCGGUGAAGGUGUGUUUCAUUUAGAACAUUCAAACCAACAGGAGAUAUUUCGAUGCAUUUCAUCAAAAAUGAAAAGUAUGAAAAAACUAUUGAAUGGUGGUGGUGAUGUAACAUCCAUCAUGUGUGGUGAUAAUCAAUUCAGAGCAGCUUUAUCUAUGAUGGCCCGUUCUCGAAGUCCUUUACCACCAUCACCCACCAGUACUACCCCAUUAAUUUUGGACAAUGACUUUAAUAGUUUUUCUUGUUCAAUCAAACCUCUUAUGCCUCUACCAACAUUAUUAGUACCUCCAACUUCAUCUCCACCUCCACCACCACUAAAACCAAAGCCAAAGGCAAUUUUGUCUAAGAAGCUUCCUACUCCUUUCAUGAAUGACCCUUUCAAUGAAACUAAAGAAAUAGGAUCACCAGAUGCAGCAUAUGAAGAUGUUCAAGUGAGAAAUGAUGCCUGGAGGACUAUGGGUUUAAAUGAUUCAAAUCAUUGCGAAAAACCUUAUGCUAGUAAUACUAUAAUAUCUGAUGAUGGUGCUGAACAUUAUGAUCAUCUACAACAUUUUGGUUUCAUAUCUAAAACAGCACCUGGGUAUAGACAAAUUCACCCUAUUGCUUUAACUACAAAACACAAAUCUAUUGUGAAAGCAGAUACUGUGAUGUUGCCUGCUCGAAAAGCUGACGAUUCACAUUACGGUUAUGGUACUAUUAAUAAAAAAAACUCGACCGAAGAAAAUCGCUCAAAUAAUGAGUCUUUGGAUUCUGUAGCACACAAUGAAUUGCAAUAUGCUAUGGUCUUCAAGCCUAAUAAGGUCUAGUCUUAUUUUUAUUAUUAUAUUUUUUUUUUUUUUUUUUCAUUGAUGAAAAUCAAUUUUAAAUUUAUAUAUUUUAUAUUAUAUUUUCCUAUGUCUAUACAAAAUGUCAUUUAUUUAUUACAUAGAUUCUGACUUGGAAAAAAUUUGUAUUUUAUGUCACUGACUACAUCACAUUUAGACAUUUUUGUUAGUAACUUUAUUUUACAAUGUUUAAUUUUAGAGUUUCUUAUAUUUGUUUUAUUUAAUUUAUAAUAAUUUUUAAUAAUAUUGUACGUGCAAUAAUCACAGUGAAAAAGAUUUAUAAAUAUUUAUUUUAUUAAUAUGUCGUAAUACAUAUAUAUAUAUGAGUUGUUCUGA